CACAUGCAGGGACGUGGGAGUGCCCCAGGGUACGCCAACGCCCCUGGGAGGGCCUCUGGAGGUGCCACCGCCCAUUGGAGGGGGCGCACCACCACCCCUGGCAAGACCCCUGGGGGCGCUGCUGCCCCUGGGAGGGCACUUGGGGGCGCUGUUGCCCUUGGGCGGGUCCACAGCCCCAGUGAACGCCACCGCCCCUGAAAGUGCCCUUGGCGAAUCGCCACCACUCCUGGGGGCGCCACCACCUUUCGGAGGGCUCCUGUGGCCGCCGCUGCCCAUGGGAGGGCUCCUGGGAGCGCCUCUGCCCAUGGGAGGGCUCUUGGGGGCGCCACCACCCCUGGCAGGGCCUUUGCAGGCGCCCCUGUCCCGGGGAGGGUUCCUGGGGGGCGCCACCACACCUGUUAAGUCUCCUGGGAACACGACCGCCCUUAGGAUGUCCGCUAGGGGCGCCACUGCUCCUGGGAGGCCCCCUGGGGACACUGCAACCCCUUGGGAGAUUCUUGCAGGGGGCCACGGCCCCUGGAGGCGCCGUUGCCCCGUUGGGUGCCACUGCCUCUCGAAGGGCCCCUGA